CUCAACCAACAAGGCAUAUUGCAGGGUUACAAACGGCAUACCAGCUAGCUUUAUCCAGCCAGACAGUGGACACAGUCGCAAACGUGCUAUGCAAUGGACUCACAGCCGAUUUGAUGACGGAGAAACAGUGGAUCCAAUCUCUUCGGAAGUGCGUGUGUCGGCACGCACCCCUCAGACGGGCAUGGAGCCUCUGCACGACGUAACAGAAAGUAUGCUGGAUUCCCGGUAUAGAGUUGACAGUCGACAAGUAAGACCGGACCGACACAGCCAAUCAGACACUGAAGUAGAAGUCACUACUUCGGAAUUUGUCGAUGCACAGAUAGCGGAAGGAGGUCCACUGAUGCCACUCAACUGUACGCAAUUCGAUGAGUCACCCUGGAUACAGACUGACGAUGUCAACUAUCCUACACUACGAGUGGACGACAAUUGGGCGUCGUAUUAUCACCCGUCGACAAUAUCCACUAUAGUGUAUGAACCGCAAAGGAUUUCGAUCCCAUGCAGCUGUGUGAUUCGAGACACUAAGCUCGCUUUUCCAUCCAAAUUGUCCAUGGUUGAUGCGUCAAGGAUAUCGCAUGGGCAUAGCCACGCGCGCAACAGGAACACGUCAAUGGAGAACGUCAGAUGGGAGCAAUAUGAAACAGAGCUCGAACGCAGUGGUCGGAAUAGCGACGAAACGGGAGAAACGGGAAGUUUGACGGAAGGAUCAGCGGAAGAUCGGAAAAACACUCCCUACGAUGUGGAGCCACAUGCAACGUUCGACUACGGUGCAAAAAGGGAAGACAUUCCAGGAAACCAACGUCCGUUGAGCUUGGUGGACAAAUCGUGCGCAAUAUCUGAUGCGAAAACAGAGAACAGUGGCUCAAGGGACACUGAGAGAUCAUUUUAUAGUGAAGUGCUCUAG